AUGGACGCUGGUAGUAGUCUAACUUGGUUCCCAUGCACACAACGAUAUAGGUGUUUCUCAUGUAACUUCGGAAACAUUAACGCCAAAAACAUAUCAACUUUCAUACCAAACCAAUCAUCUUCUCCGAAGCUUUUGGGUUGUAAUAACCCAAAAUGCGAAUGGUUAUUUGGCCGGAAUGUUAGUUCUCAGUGCGAAGACUGCAAUGGAAAUUCCGAUAACUGCGCACAGACUUGUCCAGCAUAUUUGCUCCUAUAUGGGUCUGGAGGGACAAGUGGAUUACUACUUUCUGAGAACCUUGAUUUUCCUGACAAAAUUGUGAGUGAUUUCAUCGUUGGGUGUUCACUUUCAUCGCUCCGAACACCCUCCGGCAUCGCCGGAUUUGGCCGUGGGCCGGAAUCGUUGCCGGCGCAGAUGGAUUCCGGCGACCGGAAUUCCGGAACAGUGAGCUACACACCGUUUUACAAGAACCCAAUGGCAUUUACAGAUUAUUUCUAUGUGACUCUCAUAAAAAUCACGGUCGGAGGCAAACAAAUCAGACUUCCGUACAAUUUUCUGGCUCCGGGAUUGACGGCAACGGCUGAACUAUGGUGGAUAAGGAAGGUUAUGACCUGGUGGCUCAAGCAUUUGAAAAGCAAAUGGCCCACUAUAGUAGAAGUGCUGACGUGGAAAAUAGGUCUGAGUUAA